GAAUCUGGUGAGCUUCUGCUUGAAUGGCGGGGAGGGAAUCCGGCAGGAGUGGAAAGACACCCUUGAUGCCUCCACCAUCUCCUCUGUGUGCUGAAGGGAAAAGAGCAGCCAUGCAGCCAGCCCAGGCUGGGGUGUCCUUCGAGGAGGUGGCCGUGUAUUUCACCCCGGGGGAGUGGAGCCUGCUGCGCCCAGCCCAGAGAGCUCUCUACAAGGAAGUCAUGCUGGAGAAUUUUGAGAACGUGGCCUCUCUGGGAUUUCUGAUUGUCAAACCUGAACUCAUAUCCUGGCUGGAAGAAGAGGAAGGGCUGUUUCUCCUGGGCAGUGCGGAAGAGGAGGGAUUGGCAGCAGGAAAUCUGUGGCAGUCAGCGAAUGGAGAACAUCUAUUGAUGGAAAAAGAGGAUACAUAUUCAGGUGUGAAAGAGGAGUUUGAAUAUCUGGAUGCACCAAAGAAGGAGGAGGGAAAACACACAUCUGAAAGGAGGAAUAUUUCUGAUAUUUUACUGGGGGAUGACUCUAUAUGGCAAAAAAUAUAUCAUGGAAACAACACGAAUGAGUGCACUGCAAGCAGGGAAAAUGUCACUGAAAAAUCCGUUACUAAUAUUCAACAAAGGAUGUGUAUCAGAAUAAAAAUAUAUGAAUGCCUGCAGUGUGGGAAAAGUUACAGGGACAGAGGGCACUUUACUUCCCAUCAAAGAACUCACACAGGGGAGAAACCAUAUCAAUGCCUAGAGUGUGGGAAAAGCUUCAGUGUGAGGUAUAGGCUUAAUCGCCAUCAGAGAACUCACACAGGAGAGAAACCAUACGAAUGCCUUGAGUGUGGGAAAAGCUUCAGUCAGAAUAACGCUCUUACUUGCCAUCGGAGAAUUCACACAGGAGAGAAACCAUAUGAAUGCCCAGAGUGUGGGAAAAGGUUCACUGAAAGUGGAAAACUUACUUCCCAUCGGAGAACUCACACAGUAGAGAAACCAUAUGAAUGCCUAGAGUGUGGGAAAAGCUUCACUCAUAGUUCUGGCCUUACUUCCCAUCGAAGAACUCACACAGGGGAGAAACCAUAUAACUGCCUGGAUUGUGGGAAAAGCUUCAGUAAAAGUGGAAAACUUACUUUGCAUCGAAGAACUCACACAGGGGAGAGACUAUAUAAAUGCUUAGAGUGUGGGGAAAGCUUCAAUCAAAGUAGUACGCUUAUGUCCCAUCAAAGAACACAUACAGUUGAGAGACCAUAUAAGUGCCACGAGUGUGGGAAAAGCUUCAGUUGGAGUGAAAAUCUUAUUUGCCAUCAAAGAGUUCACUCAGGGGAGAAACCAUAUAAAUGCCUGGAAUGUGGGGAAAGCUUUAGUGAAAAUGGAAAACUUACUUUGCAUCAAAGAGUUCACACAGGAGAGAAACCAUAUAAAUGCCAGUUGUGUUGGAAAAGCUUCAGGUGGAAUGACAAUCUUAUUUCCCAUCAGAGAGUUCACACAGGGGAGAAUUUAUAUAACUGCCUGGAAUGUGGAAAAAGCUUCCGUGAAAGUAGAAAACUUAAUUUGCACAGAAAAAUUCACUCAGGGGAGAAACCAUAUAAAUGCCUAGAGUGUGGGAAAAGUUUCAAUCGAAAUGACAAUCUUGCCUCCCAUCGAAGAACUCACACAGCGGAGAAACCAUAUAAAUGCCAGGAGUGUGGGAAAAGCUUCACUGACAGUUCCACUCUUACUUCCCAUCGAAGAAUUCACACAGGGGAAAAACCUUAUAAAUGCCAGGUGUGUGGGAAAAGCUUCAGUUGGCAUGACAAUCUUACUUCCCAUCGAAGAAUUCACACAGGGGAGAAACCCUAUAAAUGCCUGGAAUGUGGGAAAUGCUUCCGUGAAAAUUCAAAACUUACUUUGCAUCGAAGAAUUCACACAGGGGAGAAACCUUAUAAAUGCCAGGAGUGUGGGAAAAGCUUCGUUUCCGUUUCCGGUCUUAAGUUGCACCAAAGAAUUCACACAGGGGAAAAACCAUAUAAAUGCCUAGAGUGUGGUAAAAGUUUCAAGGAGAGUGGAAAACUUACUUGCCAUCAAAGAACUCACACAGGAGAGAAACCAUAUAAAUGCCUGGAGUGUGGGAAAAGCUUCAGUCAGAGUGCAAACCUUACUUCCCAUCGAAGAACUCACACAGGAGAGAAACCAUAUAAAUGUUUGGAGUGCGGGAAAACCUUCCGUAACAGUAGCAAUCUUACUACACAUCGAAGAACUCACACAGGGGAGAAACCAUACAAAUGCCUGGAGUGUGGGAAAAGCUUCAAUCAGAAUUCCAUUCUUACUUCCCAUCAAAGAAUUCACACAAAGAAGAAACCAUACAAAUGCCUGGAGUGUGGGGAAAGUUUCAAUCAGAGUUCCCAUCUUCGUGCUCAUCAGAAAAUUCACACAGGGGAGAAAGCAUAUAAAUGUCUGGAGUGUGGGAAAAGCUUCAUGCAUCUUUCACACCUUAAUGGCCAUCAAAGAAUUCACAGAGGGGAGAAACCAUAUAAAUGCCUGGAGUGUGGAAAAAGCUUCAGUCAGAGUUCACACCUUAAUGGCCAUCAAAGAAUUCACAGAGGCGAGAAACCAUACAAAUGCCUGGAGUGUGGAAAAAGCUUCACUUUCAGUUCCAGCCUUACUUUGCAUCAAAGAAUUCACACUGGGGAGAAACCAUACAAAUGCUUGGAGUGUGGGAAAAGUUUCGCUGACAGUUCCACUCUUAUUUCCCAUCGAAGAAUUCACACAGGGGAGAAACCAUACAAAUGCCUGGAGUGUGGGAAAGGCUUCAGACGGAGUUCCAUUCUUAAUUUGCAUCAAAGAAUUCACACAGGGGAGAAACCAUAUAAAUGCCUGGAGUGUGGGAAAUGCUUCCGUGAGAGUGGAAAACUUACUUCCCAUAAAAGAAUUCACACAGGAGAAAAACCAUAUAAAUGCCUGGAGUGUGGGAAAAGCUUCAGUCGGAGUGCCAAUUGUACUGCCCAUCAAAGAAUCCAUACAGGGGAGACACCGUACAAAUGCCUGGAAUGUGGGAAAAGGUUCCGUCAGAGUACCCACCUUACUUGCCAUCAAAGGACACACACAGGGGGGAGGAAAAAUGUUGUGCAUUCAUGAUUUUAAUUAUAUUUAUCAAUGUUUUAUGCAUUGUAUAUUUUCAUAACCUCUGUAAAGUUCAAUUCUUGGUCAGGAAAAGUACCAAAAGUUCAGAACCGCCUCUCAGCCUUGACAGUUCAUUAGUAUAACUGAAGACAUAGGAGAUUUGUUGCUCUUCAGGUACAAACUAUUGUCUUUUUUUUCUUGUAACCUUGGUUUGAAAAUUUACUAGCAGUUGUCAAGCAUUUUAGUCCACCUAGUAGUUACUCAUUUGCACAAACACUUUAGGGUCCGAAAGUUGUAUUUCUCUUCCUCUGUCACCUGUAUCAAAAGUGUUGUGUAUGAGUCUAAUCACUAGAAGCCCUCCCACUGUGCCCCCCCCAAGCACCCAGAAUACAGAGCAUCACUGCCCCAGACAGAGAGUUCCAACAAUACGCUGUGGCUAAUAGCCACUGAUGGACCUCUGCUCCAUAUGAUUAUCCAGUCUCCUCUUGAAGCUGUCUAGUCAGGUUUCAAGUUUUAAGUAGAAAGGCAGAAGGCUAGGUACAAUGGGCUACUUAAAACCUGACUUGCCUAAAUCUUAGAUUACUGUAAUGUUUAUACACUUAGCUAAGUUUGACAAAUGUUAGUUGACCUGAUUUCUAUUGUGUGGAUUGUUCUGUACUUCUAUGAUUACUUUUCACCUGUUCAUCAAAUUCUUGCCUAAUACCAAGAGCAUGCUUUAUUUUAAAUAAAACCAUUAUCUCUAAGACCAUAAGA